CUACAUUCGGGUGCACCUGCAGGUAAUCAAACAAGAGGUCACAGUUCAAUCGACGUAACCGUCUACGCUGGACUCCCACGGCGUCGUCGGAUAAAAAAAAAUAAAAAAAAACAUCUUUAGCCGUCGGAUAAUUUGCAGUUGGGCUGUCUUCCAAAAGUUGAUGGCGAUGAUUGAGGUCCCGAAAGAUGACAGCAUAAAUUCAUUUUGUUCAUCCUGUUCAUCCAUCUCAGACAAAGUUUAUGUACCUUGGGGCUGUGAGCUGACUUCCUCCAAAGCAACAGCAGUUUUCGAAGUGGACUACCCCUUGGAGUGUCAGUUCUUUGUCAAAACGAUCUGUCUGAGUGCUGGUGCCAGUGAUGAUAUGCAUGUGGUUGCUGUUUGUGAUGGAGAUGGGAGGGUUAAGGAAGUACCUAUUGCCACCCUGCGUCAUACCAUGCCCAUGGUUAGUUUCCAAGCAUUUGAGCUUAUACCACCAGUCACUUUCAAACUCGCCUCAGGGCAAGGCCCUGUCUUCAUCACUGGUCAGCAUAUAACUAUUGGAUUGGAAGAAGAUGAAUCUUGACCUACAGUAUAAACCAUGGAGACGGCACUGGAAUUCAGUGUGGGCUAUCAUGUGAAGGGUUUCAUCAUGGCCUCAAAAGCUGUCAACCUUAAAUAUUAAUUCCUCAAAGCUAACUGCUAUAUGUUAAUGGACAGUAGCCGUCCAUUUGUGUGCCAUCAUGUUUGCAAUUUUGAAAUAUGUAUUAGAGAAACUAAAUA